AUGACUUAUCGCCAACACUUUCCAGAGUUCAUAGGGUAUUCCGUCCAUUCCUGCUUUGCUGCUUGUAUUGCCUUCUCUACCUCCUGUUUGGACACAAGGUUGUUCAAUGGGGAGUUUUCAGCGUUUUGGAGUCUUUGUGUUUCUGGUAUCUCUCGAACACUGUUGAUUUUGGACCAAUACUUGCUUAUAGUUUCCCCUUUGUACGACCACUAUGCUUGUGCUUUACUUUGCACAUUGGACCGUCUCUUCUUUUCAAGGUGGUCAAGUUCACUAUGUAGCUAUUUAUCUUGUUGUCAAGUGUCUGUGGGUUAUUGCCACUCGUGCGGUGCUGUUGUUCUCCCCUCGGCAUCAUUUAUCAUAUGUAGUGGCCAGGUCCAUUGCCUUUGUCCUAUUUGUGGUGCGUCCCUUGGGGCAUAUCUCACUGAGACCAUACCGUGGUUGGUUGGGAUGUUGGUUAGUCCGGAUAACCAUUGGAAAAGGUGGGUUUGGUGUGAGGUCUCAGCAUAUAUUCUGUUGAGUCACGACAUGGUCCCUGUAUGGGACCUGAAAGUGAAUUGCCUAGUGGUGGAAAAGAUAUGUCGCCACUCAUCUUGGAGAUUCAGAGCAGACCUCAGUUCUCUUAGAGCUAUUGUUGUCUCUUUGCUGUCUGGUCUCGUUGGGGCCCGGUCAAUUGGGUCCUCUACUAAGUUGAAGUCCCCCAGCAUCAUGUCUGGUCUUGCAUUUGUGUUCAGUAUUUGCAUGUGA